CCGUCAUCUCAGCGGCGAGCGCGUCGUACCUUCUUUCCUUUCACUUCCAUACCAUACCGAGCACAAUGAUGUUCGGUCUCUUCUCGCGCAAGGGGCAUACGCAGCCAGAAUCGCAGGCACAGACGCAGCAGGUGCAGGAAACGCAAUCGCCAGAUGUCUCCCAGCAACCGCUGCGCACGCCGUCCCCCACACCUGUGAUGGCUGUAGACACCUCCACAGAGUCGACUUUUGCCGCGAUGGACGUCGAUACCCCUCCCGCGCCCAAUACAGACGAGCAGCUAGUCGCACUUCGCGCUCUCGUCAACACUAUGCCUGCGCCAUCGCUGAAAGAAUACGUCGUCCAGUACCUGCAAGAAGAUCCGGUAAGGAUGAACGUCCUCGAUUUCUUCAAGGAUAUGGCUCCCCCUCCCCUCCUUCACUGUCUCCGCUGUCACGGCGACUACUAUGACGUCGAGAACACGCCCACGAGCUGCCGAAUCCCGCACGACGACGAUAGCACGCUGGUCGAGCGCGUCGGUGGCGGGAGGGGCUACGAGACCCUCUGGCAGUGCUGCGGCAAGACGACGGAGGGCGACGGCGACCAGGGGCCCCCAGAUAGCUGGUGCUACGAGGGAGAGCACACGACUGACAUCAAGCGCGCCCGCUUCCGCGCCGACGCGACGAACUACGACGACAAGCUCGUCAGCUGCAUCAAGCGCAAGUGCGGCGUGGUGAUCGUCGAUCCGCCGAGCAGCUCGUCGGAGGAUGGCGCCUCAAAUGGGCGGUCGGUGCGCUCGCGCGGGCGAAAGUCUCGCGUCUUCGCUCGCACAUCACCCUCCCCUGCACGCUCGACACGAUCGCGGUCGCGCGUUGGGAUGUCCCCAAUGCGCCCGUCUCCCAAGCGGAAACUCAACGAGUCGGACGAAGAGCAGGAGGAGGUUUCCGACGCCGAGAAGCCGCAACAAAAGCGGCGCAAACGGCAGCCUGCGACCAAAGCAUCCCCUUCUACUUCUCUGAAGCCCACAUCCAAGUCCAGCGGUUCGAAACCCCUAACUGAGCGCAAACCCAAAGCGACACCCACGAAACCCCGCUCUCGAGCCGCAAAGGCGCAGCAGGACGAAGAGGAGGGCGGCGCAGCUACGGAGGUCGAGAACAACCCGCCCAAGCGUCGCGGCCGCCCGCCUGGCUCGAAGAACAAGCCCAAAGAGCCGGUCGCCCCACCUUCGGAUCGCGCCCUCCGCGCCCGGAGCGCAACCCCGGCGCGCGCCACCCGAGAAGCCACACCCGCCCGCACCGCCCGUGAAGCGACGCCCGGGCGCGAGAAGACACCGCGGAAGGCAGCGAAGGAGGCCCCCACAACACCGCGUACACGCGCGAAGCGGGGUCCUCGGGCGGCGCGCGUCGACGAGGACGAAGCUGGGCCAGACGUGGACACGGUGGUCGUGCAUGCGACGCGGACGAAGAGGCUCGACGAGGUUGUGGAGAGCAGUAUACCGGGCGAGUGCUAGUGCGUCGUUGGGUGUGGUACGUUUUGGAUUCUUGUGUUCGGCCUCCGAAGAAACAAUCUUUCCUUGUCUAUAUUCCUCCUUACUCUUCGUCUUUUCCUCCUCCCUUGCUGCAUACUCUGUAGGCUUUAUCGGUAAUAUUUGGCCACGUUUGUGGUCCGUGUUUGACCGUCCAUACAGUGCGUGACCGGGAAGCUGGUCACAAAUCGUUCGAUCAGCGUUUGCUGCGAACGUGGCGGUGUGUCUUGCUACCAAUAGUCACCUUCAUGUAGUCUGGAUUCUAAGCUUUCGACUGGUAUACUUUGCGAAAGUGUCCUUGAAGUAUCGCCUGCUGUACGAAUAUUUUGAAUUGA